UUGAUAAGCGCCGAUUGGGCGCGUCGCGUUUAUGAAAUUGACAGAAAAUUUGUCAUAGCUCAGUCAUCGACACGAUUAAAAUGGAACGCGUCUAUCCCAGCGAGCCGUUGGAGCAGCCCAAGGACGUCAGUGGGCUGCUGCACGAGACGCAGCCGGAGCACCAGAAGCUGCUGGCGCCACCUACAUAUGAUCAAGCAACGGGCACGGCAACGCCCGCAUUGACAACGGGACCAGCGCCCACGCCGGCACCUCCCCUCCAGCCCCCAGCCACGCAGCACACGGUGAUUGUUGUGCCCAAUUCGCCGUUCGGACCGGAGCCACAGGACGUGCAGUGUCCCUAUUGCCACAAUUAUGCGCGCACACGCGUCUCCUACAGGCCCAAUUCGCGCACGCAUCUGAUUGCGCUGGUGCUGUGCCUGCUACAACUCUACUGCUUCGUUUGCUUGCCCUACUGCAUAUCGAGCUGCAUGAAUACCACUCACUACUGCGGCAUGUGCAACCGUUAUCUGGGCACCUAUUUGCGCAAGUGAUACACCUGUCCGGCCACCUACACCUUUGGCCGGAUGUGCAACUUCCAAAUUAGCAUUUAUCUGCAAACUAAUUUGGCUGAAAGUAAAGAAUAACAAAUACGCACACAUAGAUACCGUUCAUUAUAUAUAGAUAGAGGAACACGCCUACCUGUGCUGCGCUGCACAGGUGUUUGUGUGUACUUUAGAUAAAUUCUUCAAAUACAUUUGUAGUUAGUAUCUUAAUUUCGUGUUUUUCAGUUUUGCAAUUGCCACAAAAGAUUGCCAAAGUUUUCCAGUUUUUUUUAGUAUACCCUGUAUCAAAGUGGAAUGCGGGUAGUUAGGGUAUUUAUUAUAUUGUUU